CAACACAGUCGUAUUAUCGAGCGUGCGUCUGCCUCCAAUUUCGUCGCAGACGGUCGAGUUUACGUAGAUUCUCUCGCUAGUGGCGGCGUACACCAGUUCAGAGGGGUCGAGAAUACGUCUCUCACAGCAUUUGUUAAGUCGAAAACAAUAUCUCUUAACAUCUGUUAAGUCGUAAACUGUAGCUGAUAUCAUCUGCGAAGUCGAAAACUGUAACUUAUAAUUUGUUAACUCAAAAACAGUAUAUCUAGGUUCGUGAAAAUCAAAAAGCGCCAGUGAUUCCCGUGCGUAAUUUGAAAACAUGAACUGAGUAAAAAUAAGCCGAGUCAGUUGGUACAGAACAUUCUCCAUUUGUUGUGAUUCCCAAAGGUUAAUGUGAAUAUUACAGUGACUAUCAAUCUUUUCUGAUGUGCAUUUGUCAUUUACCAUAUUCUGUAAAUGAGGUUUUAGAUGGAAAAUAUAAGAAGUCGUCGGCUACAUACUUAAAACAGGCUCCGUAAGGAUGAAGUGGUUUUGGAAUUAUCAUCAAUGGAAUUCCACGCAACUACCAGCAGCAUUCUUGGUUGUCAUUUGCUUGAUGGCAAAGUCCGUAAAUAACCUUCUGCACGAUGACACUAGCAACAGGGAUCACCUAGUCCCUUCUUACGACUCUUCUGGAAAGGCAGAGCUAGGGGAUUUGGACGCCUUCCACAAAAGAGCAGAGCAAGUAUCAGGCAACUCUCGAAAGUACCUGGUCCCCUUAAGAGAUGGAGAGAAUGCGGGGGCAAUAAAUGCAAAAACAUCUAAUCCACGUGAACACCUAUCAGAUAACCAGCAACAAAUGAUCGAACUCUUCCGCCAAAGGGACUGGCGCGUUGUCGUGAGAGAUCCGGCAUUUCGCGAACUUCUCAAGAAAGAAAUGGCAGACAAUCUAGCAGAGGUCAAUUUUGGCCAACAUCUCGACUCCAUCAUGGACGAUGCAGCUCAGUCUGCCGAGCACGUAGUUGGGAAAAGUGGACUGGAUGUACAUAAAAUAAUUGACAGUGUCGUCAGUGAAGCUCAAGAUAAAGGAUUAGAUCCUCUAAAAGUUAGGGGAUUGAAGGAGCAAUUAUAUUCAACUGGUCAGAGGAAACCCAGACAAAACAGCAUUUACGAUGUCAUUGAUGGCAUGAAAUAUCAAAAUAAUCAACCAGCAAAUAACUAUGCACCUCCAAUCGCUAUGGUUCCUUUGGAUUAUAUGAUGGACUUUUUUGAAUCUCUCAAUGGAGAAUACUCUUCCCCAUCUAGUAGCUAUUCGGCUCCUCCUAGCAACAGCUACGGAGCCCCACCCAGUGAUGGCUAUGGGGCACCACCAGCUCCUCCAAAACAUGUCCCUCUUCCUGGCAUUAAAGGCCCAACAUUUUACCCAAGGCCACCCAUUGAGAUAUGUCCUUCUGGCCACGGUGGGGUAUUUGCAUUCUUUGCAUUUAUCACACUGGCCCUUACUUUGAUGAUAGACUUCACCCUCAAUGUAAUGAUUGAUAUCAACACCACAGGUCUUUUUGGUGGCAUUGGUGGUGGUGGUGGCACAGUCAACAAUAACAAUAAUAAUAACAAUAACAACAAUAACAACAACAACAACAAUAAUAAUAACAAUAAUAACAACAAUAACAAUGGCAGGGCUUUCAACUUAUUUCCGAACGAAUUUGGUGGACUUGACAUUGACUGGUUUACUGUGAAUAACCUAGAUCUAAUAGACCACGAUUCUGUGUUGAAGGCAAGAAACGCCAGAGAUACUUACAGUUUCCUCCACUCAAGCAAGAAAGAACACCCCUUCAAGAGCCAAACGGGCAGACCAGCAAUUAUCUUUGAUGUAUGGAAAAAAUACUUGCCUAGAGGGCUACUAUUUUCAGAAUCAAACACAGUACCCAACAUUGCUACAAUUGCUCCUGAGUUUGAGAAAUUUUCAUUUUUGAUGAACUACCCAACUUAUGGUGGGAAUGAUGAGGGAUUUCAUGGAUCUGAAAGGAAAACAGAGAAAUACGAGGCUUAUGACUUACAGCACAAACUGACCGGUGUGGAUCCAAAACAGGAACAGGUCCAUUCUAAACAUCACCAGUUCUCUCCUGAUGUUGAACUUCUGACUAGCAUACUUAGCACUGAGGAUGAAGAUGAUAGUUUUGACUACACUAUGGUGAACAUCAGCAGUAACUGGAAUCCUUCUGUCAUAUAUUUUGAGCCAGAUUAUGGACCACAAAAGUUUAUCAAGUCAACUUCCACAAGAGAAGUUAUGUUCACUACUGCGCUGCCAACUCUAAAGUCCACAGAAACUUUAGAUGAAGGAGCAUUCUUAACAGAUCUGAAUGUCACUUUAAUGGAUGAAUCUGAUGAAUACUUAGGUACAGAAGAUGAGCAGGAGGAUCUGGGGGAGAACAAACAUAAAGGAGGAAAUGAAUACACCAGAGAAAACAAAGAUGAGGAGGAGGAGGAGGAGGACUUGAUUGACUUCACAGAUGAGCCUGCUCGCUGGGAUGAAAGAUCAGGCAUUGAAGAGUUCAUGAAUAUGCAAGAGUAUGAUGAGGAAGAAAUCUUCUACCAAGAUGAUGGAAAGGGCCCUUAUGCUGAAAAGGAUGUUCUGUAUGUAGAUGAAAGCAUCUUUAAUGAUACUGAUGAUGGUGAUGACACUUAUGAACCCCAAGCAGAAUCAUACUGGUCCAGAGAAAAUAUAACUAAAGCAAAGAGUAAAGAAUCACUUGACGAAAUUUCUACUAAAGAAAAAAACCACAAGGAACAGUUGGAAAGACGUCGACGAAGAAAGAGAGAGAAGAGAUGGGAGAAAUUCAGCCCUGAGGAUAUUCCAAAUGAGCAUUAUGAAACGUUCAUUUUUCCUAAAAAUAAGAUUAACCUCCGUCGUUGGUGUACGAGUGGGAAGAACUGCCACGCAGCAUCAGUAAGAGCAUCGAUGCUCGUGACCCGGGGAUACAUCCUCUCAUUAGCAGAGACUAAGCCCCUCUGCAAGUUGUGGGUGCUCUGUCAGGCAGCUGCAGCUGCAGGUACUGAAGGGGCCGUAGGAGCGGUGGCUGCUACGCUGACGAGUGGCAUUGCAAGCAGGUUUCCAAACCUCUUGCCUGGAAUAGACUUAAGGACGCUAGUCACCGCUAGGAACGUAGGUCUAAGGACUUCCGACUGCUCUCGCUUCUCAGACACCAGAUGCAACUUGGCCCAUCAAGCAUUCAGCAAGGCAUCAUGAAUACCCUCAUUUUGUAUUUAGAAAAGAAAAGGAGCUACCAAGGGGACUGUACGUGUGGGCAUAGAAAAAUCUUGACUGGUCCUAAGGCAUUUACCUCACAUGUAGUAAUUUCUGGUUAAUAUUUUAUACAACCUUGUGGUUGUAUAGCACAAAACUAAGUCCAGCUUUCAAUUUCUCCAAGACUGUUUUGUCCUGGUGAUGAUGGAAGAUGAAUAUCUUGCAGCCCCUACAUGCAAUGAAAAAAAAAUACUGGACUUCAGUGGAAGCUGAACAAACACAAGAGAGGACCUAGGACCUGAGGCAUAAUGAGACCAGAGAACCAACGAUUCUAGUUUGUAUCAAGCUAGACAGAACAGUUGCUAGUCCACUGAAUUCACAUUGUUACUACUGUGAGCCUGAACAAUAAUUUUAAUAAGCACCCUAAAUGAACUUUAAAAGUUUUGUUGUUUUGUUAAUGCAAUAUCUAAUAUUCAUCUUUUAUGAAGCCACCAUGAACAUCCAGAAAUCACUAUACUCGGUUUUUUCCAUCUGUCCAUCCGCCUGUGGUGUUUGCGUAUGGUAAUACUGCGUCCUGGGUUUUAGAUAGUUACAUCCAGCUUACAUUCAACAAUUAUAAUAAUAUCCUAUUUCGAAUAUUAACGGUGUAAUUCGCAUACAGUAAAUUAUUAAAACACUUCUCAGUUGCAAAUGUACACCCAAAUAUCCUUUUAUUUACCUAAAACUUACACAGCGUAACUAUCUAAAGCCCGGGACGCAGUGUUACCAUACGCAAACACCACAGGCGGGUGGACAGAUGGAAAAAAACAGUAUAGUUUAUCUUAAGCCCUGUACAGCUAAUAUGACCUUGAUAAUAUUGUCUACUUUGAGCAACGUCUGGCAGAUUCACCACCAUAUUGGCUACUUUGGAGAAAAUAUUCUAGAAGCUGACGCCAGAGAAUGGGAGUUUAAUGGUUACGCCAUCUUCUUCAACUCUUGUGGGUUUUGAACCUGACAAAAACCAACAAGAUGAUAAUGUCAUUUUGGAUGCAUCGCUUUCAGUGGUGUUGCAAAACAUGAAAUGAUACAGAAAUCUCCACAAGAAUUUUCAUAUACAGAUGCAAAACUGAU